AUGAGCAGAUCAGUAGGAUUUAACAUCUGUGUGGUCACCUGCAGCAUGCUGCUCUUGGCAUGGUGGACCAGAGGACUUCCAUCUCAGCAACUGGAGGAGAGGGACAUGACCAAGGUCCAUCCUGGCCCCUGGGUGGGAAAUGGGGUAGAAGAUGAAAGGACGAGUGUGCUGAACUUGGAAAAUAACCUAGGUCCUUCUGAGCAGCCUGUCUCUGAAGAACCACGUGGAGUGUCAGCAAAGCCAUCGGGGAUGCCCUUCAGUGAAGGUUUCACUGCAGCAGGAGAAGCGCUGCCUGUAAGCCAGAGCCAGGUCACCCCAGCUAGCCAGGAUGCUCCCACCUCUGCUGUGGCUGUGCCUGCUGUGGGUGAGGAGGAGCUUGGUCCCACGCAGUCAGAGCUGGGUGAGGAUGAUGUUUUCAAGGCCAUGCUGACCACAGCUGUGACCACACUGAGCCCCACUGUCCAGGAGGAGUCUGGUGGCCCCGUUGGUGACACCACCACAGAGGUAGAGCCCAGCUCUGUCAGCCUCUCAGCAAACCCCCUUUCUGGGACAGCUGAGGAGGAGCAGGCAGAGAGCAGCCUGCACCCCUCAGCUGCACCCCAACCCACACGGUACCCCAGCUCUCCUGGCUGGGGAACGGCAAGUGACCACCCUGUCACCCCAGCUGCCCAGGCUGGUGGCGUGACCUCUGAGGUGGGGAUGCUGAGAGCCCACACAGGGAGCCCUCCGAGGUCCCUGGCUGUGCCAGCUUCUGCGGCUGCAACACGUCCCCUCAUGGUGACCGAGGCCUCCCUCCGCCUGGAAGCAGGGAUGGGUGUUGGGCAAGGAGAGCAGCCUGCCACGGCUGGCACUGCCACCAGCCACCCUAUGGACACUGUGCCAUCUGACUGGGAUGACACAAAACUGGGAGAUGUAACUCAAGGGGGAAUCAUGUCUCAUGAGGAGGUGAUGGAGGACCUGGGGGCAGCAGAACCAUCCCAGACCCCACAGGGAGAUGUAGGGGAGGAAGAAGAUGCAACAAGAGUGCUGCCAGCCCCAGUGUCCCCUCCACCAGCUCCUGAGCUGGCCAAGGAGACCAACUGCACAGCCCUGGUGCAAGGAGGGGAGUCACCAGUAGCUUCCACAGGCAGCAGUGAUGCUCUCCACACUGCAAAUGUGACGGAUGCGGACAUGGCUGAUCUCAACUCACUGGAAAACAUAAAUACAGUCACAGAAGAGGAGGAGAAGAGCAUCCUGUCAUCACAGACAGAGGCUGCUGUGAUGGCAGAGACAGAGUCUGAUCUCUCUCCUACUCUGGAAAGCUCAUGGAAAGGUGUUACUCAGGAGGUGCUAACAGUUGCUGAGGAGGCUGAUGCCGCGCUCUCAGCUGUGACACUGGUGCCUGCUGCUACCCAGGGAGCAGGAGCUGCAAGCUUUCCGCAGGAAAACAGCGGGGAGGACACCCAGAUGCCUACUGCUCCCAGUGCCACCCAGAUGCUGGUGGCAGCUGGUGCUUCCUCUGUGGCCAACACUCCAGAGACAGAAGAUCUCUCAGAUGUGGUCCUGGUCACCAGCGAGAAGGCUGUGCCAGCUCCUGGUGGGUUGUCUGCUACCCAGGCUGGCCAGACAGAGGAGCCAUCCAGCAGAAUUGUGGUCCUGGUAACUCCAGCAUCGAUGGCAUCUUCUGUCAGGAGGACAGCUCUUCCGUCUGUGAGGAGGAUCAGCACAGCUGUGACCUAUGGGCUGGACCGCCUGGAGUCAGAAGAGGGUGAGGAAGAGGAAGAGGAUGAAGAGGAAGAAGAAGAGGAAGAAGAGGAAGAUGAGGAGGACAAAGACAUAGAUUUGAUGGAUGAAAGCAUGGAGGGUGACAUGGAGCUGCCGGGUUUCACGCUUCCAGGCGAGACCUCCCAGGAACCCAUAGCUGGCUUGGAAAACCCUGUGGCCCAGCUGGCUGGGGUGUCCUACCAGAUUCCUGACACCAUCGAGUGGGAGCAGCAGAACCAGGGUCUGGUGAGAAGCUGGAUGGAGAAGCUGAAAGAUAAGGCAGGAUACAUGUCGGGGAUGCUGGUUCCUGUUGGAGUCGGAAUAGCCGGAGCCCUCUUUAUCCUAGGAGCACUCUACAGCAUUAAGAUUAUGAAUCGCCGAAGGAGAAAUGGCUCAAAGAGACAUAAAAGAAAGCAGAGAGAAUUUAACAGCAUGCAAGACCGAGUCAUGCUCUUAGCCGACAGCUCCGAAGAUGAAUUUUGA